GAACCAAUUAGUUUUUGCAACGAACUGUUCGAAAGAACCGAUUCGGGUCGGACUCCACAUCACACUACACUGCAUCAUUACAUGUCUUUGCAUGGGGUAAACCACAGUCUAUGUGGUAAACCGAGGAGCUCACGAAGACUGUAGAGGGGGCGUAUGUUUAGGCUACGUCAGCGCUGCCAGCGUGGAGCGGCAUGACACCAGGAAGUAACACUAUUAAAUUGACUAUACAAAUAACGAAGAGAAAGGGUACCUGAGGUGGAUUUUUGUGCUUUUUGGAUUUGCUUCCCUAAAAUUACACAACACACGCACGGGGGCACGGAGAGUCCCUGCGACUAGGUUUUCAACAUUGCAUGGAUAAGCCGCCCGUGAAGAUGAUGGACCCUACACUUGCUGAGAUGGGAAACCAUCUCUCUGAUGCCAUGAAGAUUUUGGAAAGUGGAAAAUUGGAAUCUGAACAAGGCAAAGAAAGAAGAAAGUUGAGUUGGAAAGAAAUUCCAGGACCCUUGCAAGGAGAUGGACAGGAUGUUGUCAGCAUACUCCAGCUUGUCCAGAACCUGAUGCAUGGAGAUGAUGACAAGCAGGGUCAACGGAUGCAGUACGUCGCAGAGCAGGGACACAUGGCUCUACUGGGACAUAGUCUGGCCGCAUAUAUUUCUGUCCUGGAACGGGAAAGAUUGAGAAAGCUGACCACCCGCAUCCUGUCGGAUACCACUCUCUGGCUCUGCAGGCUUUUCAGAUAUGAAAAUGGCUCCGCAUAUUAUCAUGAAGGUGACUGUGAGGGGCUGGUGAAGGUGUGUCGGCUAGUUAUUAAUACUCAAUAUGAGGACUAUGCUACAGAGGGCUUUACAAUGCUCAGCUCUAAACAUCCUGUGAUUUACCAAAGUGCUGCAUGCAGACCUGGCCUGGGACAACAUCUCUGCAGCCAGCUGGGACUGCCUCUGUCAUGUCUUUGUAUUGUGCCCUGUAACACCAUGUUUGGCUCCUUGCACCAAAUGGAUGUUGCAUUGCUUGACAAGCUCAUCAGAGAUGAUCGUGAAUCAGGGAAGGUUCCAUUGCUGUUGAUAGCAAAUGCUGGAACGCCAGGUGCAGGUCACACAGACAAACUCAGUCGUCUGAAAGAGCUCUGCGUUCAGUACAAUAUGUGGCUCCAUGUGGAGGGGGUGAAUUUGGCAACACUUGCUCUUGGUCAGGUCUCUUCUGCUGUCACGGCGGCCACCAAGUGUGAUAGUAUGACUUUAACUCCAGGCCCGUGGUUGGGCCUGCCAGCUGUGCCUGCUGUCACUCUUUACAGACAUGAGGAUCCGGCCCUGUCUCUUGCUGCAGGUCUGACCUCUAGCCAGCCAGUGGAGAAGCUUCGGGCUUUGCCUCUCUGGCUGUCCCUUCAGUACCUUGGGCAUGAUGGGAUUGUACAGAGGAUUAAGCAUGCCUCACAGCUAAGUCAACAGCUGUUGGAGCAUUUGAAGACACUGGCUUCAAUAAAAACCUCGGAUGUGGUGUCUCAUUCCCGGGUCCCUCCCAUCUCCGGGGGCUCGCUGCGGGACGUGCUGGGCUCUCUUAUACUCUCUAUUGUAGGUGGGACCAACCCUCUACCUGCUUCCUCAAGUGGUGGCUCAGUAGAAGGAUAUUUUGCAGGGGAUGUCCUUGAUGCCCUUAACAGAUGGUUGGGUGAGCAGUUGGUGCAGCAGGUUCCCCUAAGUGGUGUGGAUGUGGUUGAGCUGGAAGAUGAGGGCACAUGUGUUCGUUUCAACCCCCUCAUGACAGCUGCAGCUCUUGGCACUCAGGAGAAUGACGUGGCUGCACUUGUGGAGAAGCUGGGAGAGAUGAUUCCAGUGCUGAGCUGCACCCUACGCUUCAGACAGGACUUCAAAGAUGAGGUCCUACAACAAGCUUCACUCUCGUACAUUGAGGACCUGAGCUGGCCCGGUCUUGGAGGUGUGAGGUAUGAGCCCAGAACCACAGACCUGGAUGAAGACAAGAGACAACACAGUGUGGAGAAGAUCAACAGUGACUUGCUUAAGAAGCUGAUGGAGCUGGAUACUGACCUGUACUUCUCUGGUGGUCCUGAGUUUUGUGAGGAGAAAAAUGGCAUAUUUAUUGGAAUGGCAACAGAAGACCUGGAUGUGGCAGAGCUGGUGGAAACUAUAGUAUCUAUUGGAAGAGACAUUGAGGAAAGUGGAAAGUUGUUUGAGAACAUGACGGAGAUAGUGAGAAGAGGCAUCCAGGAAGCUGAGCUGCAGCUUCAGAAAGCAAAUGAAGAGAAACUUAUGGAGGAGGGCGUAUUUCGACAGAUCCCCCUGGUGGGCUCUGUGCUUAACUGGCUCUCCCCAGUUCAGGCCUCUGUCAAAGGAAGAACUUUCAACCUAGCUGAAGGUUGUCUGGACAGCACCGAGCCUGUGUAUUCUGUAAAAGCCCAGAUGAAUAAAGAAGCUUCCCUUGAUUCCCCCAAGUCCAUCACCAAACGGUUUCCAGGUCAAAAACUCUUCCGGCGGCAGGGAGCGGGCUCAGACUCUGUCAGUGAUACCAGCUCUGUCAACCAGCUCGAAGAAUCGUUCAGGGAAGCAGCACACGUGCAGGCCAAUGAUGCGGAAGAGGCAGAAGUCCCUCAGGAGCGUCAUGUCCACAUAGUGGAGGAAACUGCUUUGUCAGACCAGCGUGUACCAGAGGGACAAGAGACAGAGAGUGUAGACACCCUUAGAUAAGACCACUCCUAAAUGGAUGUCCAGAGGUUGGCUUUGUCUUAUGGCGGAAUAUGCGUCCAUGACCUUGAUGCCUUGAGCAAACCACUCUUGAAAUUAAGAAAAGGAGCAGCUUUAAAUGCAAAUAACAAAACACUGGAAUUUCAUGGAAAUAAUGUCUGAAAAUGCGUCCCUUUUUCUUAGUUAUUACAUAAUCAAUUGCACAUUUUUUUAAGGUUUGGUUAAUCAUAUAAUAUUGGGUCUCCUCACAGUUCUUUAUGUGCACUGCAAGUAUAUCCUUCCAUAAUGGGUGACAUAGGCGUUACGUUUUGGUUUUGGACGCUUAUCUUUGUCGUCUAUAGGCUUGUCUGACAGGUUUUUCUGAUCCAUUUCCACACAUUAUUUACACAACAAAAGGGCUAUUGUGGCCUUACCGUCAUGUAUAUUAAUGUCGAAAUGUCUUGUUUGCCAAAAGCUGGUCUUUCUUUAUGUACACUCCACAGGCAGAUGUAUAAGAAGGAAGUUUCAUGCAGCUGUUUCUAAUCUAACAAUAGCCUUAUUGCACUUUCAUGUACAGAAUGUCACACUUUAAUCAGAACAGCAGAAUAUUUAUUUAUUCUAUAAAUAAUUAUCUUGGAGGACAUUAGGCUAUUUAGAGAUAAGUAACAUUUGCUAUAUGUAAAAUAAGUUUAAUUCAAACAGAUAUCCAUCCAGCACUUUUGGCUUUACCAAUAGUUAAAUGAUUAUUAUACUGUUCUCACUGUGAAGAAUGUUUCAGAGAUGCCUCUUUGAGUAAUUGUUACAUGUUUGGAUGUGUAUGAAGGCUAAAUAUACUGUACUGAAAUGAAGAUCCUUAUUUGUUGUUUACACCAUUGUUAAUUGUUUUAGCACACACACACACACACACACACACACAAAAAGAGCUUUGCUACUGGGGAAAUUAUGUAGUUUCAUUUAGCAUAUAAAUAUUGUGUGAAUUAUUCAUGAGAUGUAAACUCACUGCAGCUAGAAGUUAGAACACAUCCAUCCAUAUUUUUGGGGCAUAAAAUGCUCUUUUCCUAACUGUGCUUCCUUACCGAAUAACGUAAUUGUAGGUCUGCUCAUCUUUUUCAAAAUGAUUCUAUCUUAACUGGUGCAAUAAAUCAUUGGGAUUUUUUCUUUGGGGGAGAUAAGUGCUGACUUGAAAUAUUGUUUCCAAAGUAAAAAUAGAGUGGUUUUUAUAAUUACAGUUUUAUUUUACAAUGAACAGUUAUGUAAAUGACAAUAAAGAAAAUGGUAUUA